UGCGGCAGAACAUCAUUGUUGCUGUAAGUCUCGUCGAGCCUGUGGACCAAGUUGCAAGAGACUAUGGGUUGAUUAACACUUGGUAGAUGGACACUGGUAGUGGCAAAACACAAGUAGCUGUUUUACGAAUUAGGGCUGAAAUAGAGAGAACGUCCUCCGAGAAGAUUGUCUGGUUUCUAGCUCCCACGGUAUCGCUUUGUAACCAACAGUUUGAAGUCCUUAAAACUCAGAUACCGGAGGUCCAGAUUAAGUUCCUCAGCGGCGACGACAGUGUGGACUCAUGGUCGGACCAGCAAGUGUGGGAUGCAGUUCUUCUCAAUGUGCGCAUAGUAGUGUCGACGUACCAGAUCCUGUUGGACGCCAUGUCGCACGCAUUCGUGCCUAUAUCAAGACUAUCUCUGAUUGUCUUUGACGAAGCUCACAACUGCGUCGGCAAGUCUCCCGGAAGCAAGAUCAUGUCACUCUUCUACCAUGAAGAACAACGAAAAGGCCGCUCUACUCCCCAUAUUCUGGGUCUGACAGCAAGCCCGACUUUCGGUUCCAAAGUCGAAAGCAUCAAUACCCUCGAGGCCACGCUGGACGCUGUUUGCAAGAGUCCAACGAUGCACCGAGACGACCUUCUUGCCGCUGUUAACAAACCAGAGCUGGCAUCCGUAACCUUUCAACCUCGAAACGAAUUCAAUAUUCCAAACAGCUUGCGAAGCUUGAGGAUAGCUAUACAGUCUCUCGAUAUCUCUGAAGAUCCCUACAUUCGACACCUACAAGCAGAGGGAACAGAUCGUAGUCAGCGUGAAUUGAUUGCAGUUCUCAAAAGUCACGACACAUACAUCCAGAACCAAAUGACUUCGUUUGGCCGCCAAGCGAAUCAGAUAUUCAGCGAACUUGGACCUUGGGCUGCAGAGUAUUAUAUCUGGGAGGUUAUCUCGAGAUUCAGAGCUGCAUUCAAUGCCCAAAGCGUCUGGCUUGACACAUGGAAGGAUGAAGAGAAGCAAUACCUCAUCAACAUUCUCAGUCAAGUUGACUGCCAGUGUCCGUCGAAGGAGACCAUCAGCCGUGAGGUCAUGUCAGAAAAGGUUUUCGUUGUCAUUGAACAAUUGUUACAGGAAAAAUCCGAUACCAUCGGUAUCGUUUUUGCUAGAGAAAGAGCGACUGUUGCGGUUCUAUGUCAUUUGCUUACGUCGCAUAACUUACUACGAGAGCGAUAUCGAAUCGGUACCAUGAUGGGCACAUCGCAAUUCCAAGCCAAGAAGAAAGAUAUAUGGGAUCUUUCACGAGUCGAGGAUCAGCGGUCUUUGCACCAAUUUCGGUCUGGUAGGACCAACCUGUUGGUUGCCACCAGUGUACUCGAAGAAGGCAUCGAUGUCCCAGUCUGUAACUUGGUCGUCUGUUUUGAUACCCCACCGAACCUCAAGUCAUUUAUCCAACGCCGCGGACGGGCCCGGAAGAAGCAAUCUAAGCUUCUUAUGCUGAUUGAUAGCUCGAAUCCUUGGGGAAAAGAGUGGGAGGUCCUGGAGGCCGAGAUGAAGGCCCAGUACGAAGAACAAGAGAGAGAACUUGAACACCUCCAAGAUAUCGAACAGGCCGAAGAGCCAAAGGAUAUGAUUUUCAAAGUCGAACAAACAGGAGCUGUUCUAGAUCUCGAUAACGCAAAACAACAUCUCGACCACCUGUGCCGAAUAUUGUCCCCGGGAGAGUUCAUCGACUGGCGGCCUGACUAUAUCAUCGACAAGACCGCCACAAAAGGCGCGCCAGACUUGCGGGCCACCGUAAACUUACCGAGCUAUCUUCCAGCCUCGGUCCGCACCGCGGAGAGUCAACUAGCUUGGAAAUCAGAGCAAAAUGCUACAAGAGACGCUGCAUUUCAGGCCUAUGUUCAGCUGUACAAGGCUGGACUUAUCAAUGACAACUUGCUGCCCUUCAAGCCGGAGGACUUCGUACCCGGAAUAGACAAAAGAGCUGCGAUCCUGCAGGUCAACGGUCUGCUCAAUGCCUGGGUUGGAGUCGCCAAGGCUUGGAAAGUUAGUGACAACUUAAGGGCAACUCGAAUUCUACUCAAGGAUUCGGACGGUGUUGUCCUGGGAGAGUACGAUAUGGUUAUCCCCGUAUGGGUACCUGGGUUGCAGACGAUACCCAUCCAUCUGGAGUAUAACGUCACCUGGUCAAUUGAGUUCGGACACCAGCUUCCGAUUGACGAGCUGACCGGAAACGAUGACACAGCUGUACUUCUUGCUCUGCCGUACGGCCAUCGUUGGAUUUCGGCGGACCUCCAGCAGAUCGUAAGAUUCACUGCAGUCGGUGCUGGAGAUAUGUCCGUCGAUCAAAUCGGCGUCAAAGGCUUUGUCCCAGGGGCCAUGUCAAACUACGAUUUGACCUGUUUCAUACGUGACCAGGCUGGUUCCCCAUAUCUGUACGACAAUGUCAUCCCCAGCAAGCCUGCACCCGAAACUGUACAGAAGAUGUUUUACGAAUUCGAAAAGGCCCCGGAUGACGUACCUUACCUGGCUCUCAAGAAGUGGUCCCGUAGGUCGGACUUUCUUCAUCGGCCACAGAGCGAUCCCGGUCAAGGCCCCGCCACUGUCAAGCCGUACAACAGAGUCUACCCGAUGUCGUGGGCAAAGGUGGACAAUAUCCCUGCAAAGUACGCCCAGUUUGGCGUGCUUAUACCAUCAAUCUUGCACCGUAUCGAGACCUACCUGGUGGCUCGAGAGCUGUCUAUGGGUGUUCUGAGACCCCUUGCCAUCUCUGACCCGUCUCUGGUGGUCACAGCCAUCAGCGCGGGAAGCGCGUGUGAGCCCACGAACUAUGAACGCAUCGAGUUUCUGGGCGACUCUAUUCUCAAAUUCUCCACCACUAUUAAUGUGGCCGCUCUGAACCCGGACUGGCCAGAACGACUGCUAUCUUUCAAAAAGGACGCCAUCGUCGCAAACUCAACCCUCUGCAAGGCGGCCAUCAAGCACGGCCUCGAUAGGUUCAUUCUCACCAAGCCCUUCACGGGACAGAAGUGGCGCCCAAUCUACGUGGAAGAUGUGCUCCAGCACGGCGAGGAGCCCUCCACGAGGAAGAUCUCCACCAAGACGCUCGCAGAUAUCGUUGAGGCACUUAUCGGGGCUUCGAUGAUUGACGGCGGUCUACCGAAAGCGCUUAAGUGCAUGUCCAUCUUCCUCCAGCAGAUCAAGUGGAAAACUCUCGACGAUUGCAGACAGGCCUUGUACGACGUCGCUCCCUCUGGCGUGGAACUGCCGUCUACCCUCGAGCCCUUGGAGCAGCUCAUAGGUUACGAGUUUACAAAGAAGUCUCUGCUGAUCCAGUCCAUGACCCACGCAUCCUUCAACCUCGGCAACACCCUGGGCUGCCUGGAACGUCUUGAGUUCAUCGGCGACUCGGUCCUGGACUACAUUAUCGUCAACCGCCUCUUCUCUAUCGUCCCUCCUCUUCCACAUCAGACGAUGCACCUCCUCAAAACAGCAAUGGUCAACGGAGACUUCCUCGGCUUCCUAGCUCUUGAACAAUCAGUAAGCCAGGACGAGGUCAUCAUCACAGGCGCCGGCGGCAGCAAACAAAAGCCCGAACUACAGCAUUCCCGCUUCGCGCUGCCCCUGUGGAAAUUCAUGCGCCACCAGUCCCUCGCUAUAGGCCUCGAGCAGCUCAACGUCACGAAGCGGCACGCCGCGUUCAGGGACGAGAUGGUCGAGGCCAUGGAGCACGGCACGACUUACCCCUGGGCCCUCAUGGCGCACAUGCAGCUGCGCAAAUUCUACUCUGAUAUAUUUGAGUCUCUUCUCGGCGCUGUGUACGUCGAUUCCGGGGACCUGGACGUUUGCGCUGGUGUCGUGGAGCGGUUCGGCAUUUUGGCGUACCUCGAUCGCAUCCUGAGGGAUGGCGUGCAUGUGUUGCAUCCCAAGGAGGAGCUGGGCCAUUUGGCAGACAAUAACACUGUGACGUACGUUUUGGACGUGCAAGAUGUCGAUGAUGGUGAGAAGCGGUUCUCGUGCAAGGUUAUGGUUGGUGAUCGGUGUGUUGUUGAGGUUGAUGGCGGGAUUUCUAGAGAUGAGGUCAAGGUUAAAGCCGCGGAUGCGGCAGUUAGGAUACUCAAGGCGGAGAGGGCUGCGGCGAAGCAAAAGAGCUCAGGUACUCAGGAAGACGAAGACCUAGUCAUGGAAUAAGGGAAAAUGGUUAGACGUUUUGGUACAUCACAGGCACAGAAGCAGAAGAUGGACUUUGCAGACUGGAAAAGCAUUCAAUUCUUACUUCCACAUUACAUGCAAGCAAA